AUGAAAAUAUUCGAAAGAAGAAAGCGAUGGCUAAAGGGAUUCAAAGGGGGAAUGAGGGGGGGCUCGAGCUUACAAAGAGAAUUAUAUGAAGAAACGGGAAGAGGAGGUGGCGGUGGUGGAGACGGUGGUGAAAAAGUAAAAUCGGUUCAGCAAGUAUUCGACAUCAAGUCGCUUUCGGUUAGUCAAGUUUCGACUCGUUGCCGCGAAUCGGUUAAUAUUUUUAACAUAAAAACGGUGCCAUGCUUUUAA